UGUACGGAGUUAACAACACAUUAGAUAGAUAAAAUCAUCUAGAUGAAUAUCUGCGUGUAUCAUUCUUUUUAAGACUGGUUAUAAUUAUAAUGCCUCAAGGAAAAUUUAAAAAUAAGUCACAAUCAUCUUUUGUUAAAAAGAAGAAACCACAACAGAAAGCUAGGAAAGCAUGUCCUAUGCCAUCAAAGAAACAUAAAUAUGAAGAAGGCCAACGAAUUAAACGAAUGAUUAGUAAAAAUGUAAAUAAAUUAGCUGAAGAAGAACUAAGGGCCUUAGCGACAGACAGUAAAAAGGUUUUUUUAUCAAAGAAGAAAAAACAAGUAGGACAAACUGUUCAAACAGCUCCUAGUAAACCAAAAGAAAUUAAAAUUGCUAAAAAAUAAUUUUUUUAGUACUUUCAAAAAAAAAAAAUAAUGCUGUUUAAAAUACAAAAUGGAUUUAAGUUCUUUGUGAAAUUUAUUUUAAUGAAUAAAUGAGUUAAAUAAGUGUUA